AUGAGCACCAAAGUGACCAAGGACCAAACCAACGGUCAUACCAAUGGUCAUACUAACGGGUAUACCGAUCACUAUUCCAACGGUGGUCCAUCCGCAAAUGGAGAAGCCAGUGAGCUUUUUGGAAGCGAUCCCAUAGAUCAAAAAGCUGUGCACGAACCCAUUGCCAUCAUUGGCAUGGGUAUGAGACUCCCUGGAGGCGUUCAUAACGCCGAGGCAUACUGGGACCUCCUGGUCAAUGGCAAGGAUGGCCGAUGCCAGGUACCUAAGGACCGCUACAACAUCGAUACAUGGUACGGUCCCGGACGCGUGACACACGUGGGCACCAAGUAUGGACACUUCCUAGAGGAGCUCAACCUAGCCAAUAUCGAUCCCAACUUCUGGUCCUUUACGAAACAGGAGGCCGAGCUGCUGGAUCCACAGCAACGUCUCUUUCUUGAAGUCGUCUACGAAGCUUUCGAGAACUCAGGCACCACCAAGUGGAAGGGCAAGGAUGUGGGUGUCUAUGUGGGUGCCCUGGGCGACGACUGGGGCGAAAUGGAGAUGCAGGACGGGCAAGACUUGAACCCAACGCGAACAUAUGUCUACGGCGAUUACAUCAUCGCAAACAGAGCCUCGUACGAGUUUGAUCUCAAGGGUCCCAGCAUGGUGGUUCGGACAGCAUGCUCUUCCUCUAUGAUAGCUCUCCAUCUGGCCUGUCAGGACAUUCUCAGCGGAGACUGCGCUGACGGUGCUAUUGUUGGCGGCAUUAACCUCAUCAUCACGCCACGAACUACUGUGGCGUUGACUGAACAGGGUGUUCUUUCAGAGGAUGGCCGUUGCAAAACCUUUGAUGCUGACGCUGAUGGCUAUGCCCGUGGAGAGGGUGUCUCGGCCAUCUACAUCAAGAGACUGUCGGAUGCAGUUCGUGACGGAGACCCCAUAAGAGCCGUCAUUCGAUCAACGUGUGCCGCUGCCGAUGGAAAGACCGCCGGCUUCACAAUGCCCAACCCGGAAAGCCAUGAGAAAUUGAUGAGACGAGGGCAUCGACUGGCAGGCAUUUCAGAUUUUUCCAAGACGGCCAUGGUGGAAUGCCACGGAACUGGAACCGCAGUCGGCGAUCCCCGUGAAGUAAGCGCCGUGGCUAACGUAUGGGGAGACCACGGCAUCUACAUUGGAUCAGUCAAACCAAAUAUCGGCCAUGGUGAAGGCGCAUCUGGAUUGUCAAGCAUCAUGAAGAUGACUUUGGCGCUCGAGAAUAAGAUCAUCCCACCCAACAUCAACUUCAAGACUCCUAACCCAAAAAUCCCAUGGAAGGCAGCGAAACUCAAGGUUCCGCUCAAGGCUACAUCGUGGCCAACUGACAAACUGGAAAGAGUUGCUGUCAACAGCUUCGGAAUCGGAGGUGCCAACGCCCAUGUUAUAUUAGAAUCUGCUGCCUCUUUUGGGUUUGGACAGAAACCCGAGUCCAAAUUGCAGGGCUCAGGCGAUGCAAACCUCGGAUGGCAUCUUCUUACCUUCUCUGCGAAGCAUCCCAAAGCCUUAGAGAUGUCUGCACAAAGGCACGAAGAGUACCUGACAACGCAUCCAGACUCUCUCAGCAACAUGGCGUACACGUUGAACACCAAACGGGUGGUGCACUCGCAUCGUGCUUUCUGCGUCACAGACGGAUUGGAUUCCUUCGAAAUAUCGAAAAUUCUCAAGCCGGCCCUCGGGUCCAAGUGUGACCUUGUCUUCGUCUUUACGGGACAGGGGGCUCAAUGGGCCGGAAUGGGACUUGAACUUCUCAGAAGCGAGGGAAUUUUCAAGGAUACGGUCGACUACCUUGACGCUGAGCUAUCACGGCUAUCGGAUGGCCCAAACUGGAACAUGCGAGAUGAAAUUCUUGCCACCGAGAAGACCAGCCGUUUGUCGGAAGCGGAAAUAUCUCAGCCCUGCUGCACGGCAAUCCAGAUUGCACUCGUGGAACUGCUUCGGAGCUGGGGUAUUUCACCUGACGCUGUUGUAGGUCAUUCGUCUGGUGAAAUUGCUGCCGCAUACGCCUGCGGCGCCAUUUCGGCCCAAGAUGCAAUCCGUGUCGCCUACUAUCGAGGAAACUCCACCAUUGCGCUGAAGUCUAUUCGCAAAGGUGGUAUGGCAGCCAUAGGUCUUGGCCGGGAAGAUGUCGUGCAGUACCUUCAGCCAGGGGUUACCAUCGGCUGCGAUAACUCACCAGCUAGUGUCACAUUGACGUGCGACGCCGAUGUUCUGGAAAGGGUCAUGGAAACCAUCCGCACCGCCGAUCCGUCCGUUCUGGUCCGGCCUCUUCGCGUCGAAUGUGCUUAUCACUCGGAGCACAUGAAGCUUGUUGCCCAAGAUUACGCUGCCCGCCUUGGAACCGUUAACGCAAGCCAGCCCCAAGUUCCUUUCUACUCCUCGGUGACCAGAGGAGUCAACAGUGAUCUAUCGACCGCAUACUGGACAGAGAACCUGGUGUCUCCUGUUUUGUUCAAAGGUGCCAUUCAGACUGCGCUCCAGUCUCACGAUAACCUCACGUUUGUGGAAGUCGGGCCGCAUUCGGCUCUCGCGGGACCCAUUAGACAGACCAUUCAAAGCGAGAUCAAGUCGAAUGCCGGAUACAUUUCAACGCUUGUACGCAAAAAAGACGCCCAUGUGUCAAUACUCAGCACUGCGGGCAAUCUUUGGCUGGCCGGCACCCCUGAUCUUGACUUGAGCGCCGUGAACCUUCACGGCAGGCCUGAAGGCGGCGAGUUGUUGACCGACCUCCCCACAUACUCGUGGCACUACGAUGGCGAGUAUUGGUUGGAGAAUCGCCUAUCCCGAGACUGGCGCUUUCGCAAAUUCGACCACCAUGAACUGCUUGGUGCACGGGUGCUCGAGAGUGCAGACGCCGGACCCGCAUGGCGCUGCAAGUUGCGAGUCCAAGAUGCCCCGUGGCUCAGUGACCACGACAUAUUGGGUGACAUCAUCUUUCCUGGCGCAGCCUACCUCUGCAUGGCCGGUGAAGCGAUCAAACAGCUUCGUCCAGGAUCUCACGAUUACUCUCUGAGACGCGUUACGCUGGCUUCGGCGCUCGUCUUACAUGGCGAUCCUGUCGAGCUGGUUACAACUUUGACGCCCGUUCGCCUGACCAACGCAGCUGACUCGGAUUGGUAUAGCUUCACCAUCUCGUCUUUCACUGCCACUACCAACACAUGGACCAAGCACGUCUCGGGCCAAGUCAGGUCUGGGCGAACAUUUGUUCCCGACACCCCAAAGAUCGAGCCCCUCCCUCGCAAAGUUCCCACUUCAAUCAUGUACAACGUUUGGCGUCGAUUUGGUAUGAACUACGGCGGACGCUUUCGCGGCUUGGAUGACAUCAGCGCGCACACAACCGAGAAGAGAGCCGUGGGUACCAUUUACGAGAAAUGUCUCCCCGAAGAGGGCGAGCUGUAUUCUGUUCACCCGGCUAGUAUCGACGCUGCCUUCCAUCUUUCCAAUGUCUGCCUAUGCCAUGGGCUUGGCAGGAACUUCAGGACGCCUUCGGUUCCCAAGUAUAUUGAAGAAAUGUACGUGGGAAGACCCGAGGGACCCAUACGGGUGGUUGGAGAUGCCGCUGAUAAGGGCCGUGGCGGAUCGAUGAGCAACCUGGUGGGUGUUUCCAAUGGGAAAGUUGUUCUCAAGUGGACAGGUCUCGAACUUUCACCGCUGAGCGACGGCUCCGAUGUCGUCGACGACGAUCCACACGCUGCAGCUGUACUUGAAUGGAAGACCGAUGCUGACUUCAUCGAUGCUACACGACUCUUGCGAUCCUUGAAGAAGGAUCCCGAUGAUGAGCAACAUAGACUGGUCGAUACUAUGGGUCUGGCAUGCAUCAUCGAGUCCAGGCACCAGCUCGCCGGACUCGAAACAACCCAAUGGCAUCUUGUCAAGUUUCGCGAUUGGAUGGACAUCCCCUACUCAGAAGCGGUCGAGGGGCGAUACCCCCACGUCCCCAACUGCGUCGAAAUCGCAACCAUGAGCUCUGAGGAGAGACAAAAGCUCAUUCGGGACUACCUCGCAGCCUCUGAGGGCACUGAAGCUGAAGCUGUGGCUAUUUCCCUAUAUCGCAUCUUUGACAAUAGCGUGCGCUUUUUCUCUGGCGAAGCCGACCCGCUCGAGGUGCUCAUGGCCGACAACAUCUUGAUGCGCAUGUAUGACUUCACCAACAACGCUGAUCAUCUUCACUUCCUCACUCUGCUCGGCCACAAGAAGCCCACCAUGCGAGUUUUGGAGAUUGGCGCUGGGACAGGCGGCACCACCGCCACAAUUCUUCCUGCCCUGAGAUCCGAACAAGGAGAGCGGAUGUAUGGCACCUAUGUGUACAGUGACAUAUCAGCUGGGUUCUUUAUGGGGGCCAAGGAGCGCUUUUGUGACUAUCAGGCCAUCGAGUACUCAGUGCUUGAUAUUACCCAAGACCCGAUCAGCCAAGGAUUCGAGGAGGGUUCAUUCGACCUCAUUGUGUCCUCCAACUGUUUGCACGCCACGCCUGAUCUCACCAAAACUUUGUCCAAUGUACGGAAGCUUCUUCAUCCCGAAGGUCGGUUGUUCCUCAUGGAGCUCAGUCCCGAGUCAUCCAAGUCGGUCAAUUAUGUCAUGGGGCCGCUGGUCGGCUGGUGGCUCAGCGAGGACGGUCGGGAGAACGAGCCAUACAUCAGUGCUGAAAGAUGGCACGAAAAGCUUUUGCAGUCAGGCUUCUCCGGUGUUGAGGCAUAUGCUUUCGAUGGCAACAUGAGCAACAGCAUCAUCGCCAGGCCCGUUCAGCCUCGUUGUGAACAGCUGAAAAGAGUGAGCAUCAUCGCCAAUGAAUUAGACCAUCCUGCAAUUGCAGAAGUCACCAAAUGCCUGCAAGGAAUAGGCCUGGACUUGGACCUUUUCUCCCUCGGUCAAGUGCUCACCCCAGGACAGCCUGCAGUCUUCCUGGUGGAUUUGGAAGCGCCAUUUCUUGCCAAUAUCACCGAAGAGCAGUUCAACUCCUUUAAACGCACUCUUUUCUCAGUUCAGGACGUCCCCUUUUGCUGGGUCACUGGGGCCUGCCAGAUCGGUUGCAAGAACCCCGACUACGCGCUCGUCAACGGAAUGGCCAGGAGCAUCCGCCAAGAGACCGGUAUUGACUUAGUGACGUUCGAACUGGAGGUAUUCGAUGAAAGUGCAUGGAGAGCACUUUCUGGCCUUCUCGAGACGUUCCCGUCGCGAGUGAUAGACGGCGAGGUUGAUACUGACUUUGAGUCGGAGUACGCUUUCCAUGCCGGCACGAUCCAGGUCGGCCGAAUGCACUGGAUCAAUGUCAACAGCGAACUUCAAGACAAAAGACCCGAAGUCCGAAUGGAGAGUCUUGUCAUCGACAAGCCUGGAAUCAUUCAAACCCUUCACUGGAAACAGGAGACGUCGCCGGUCUUGAAGGCGGAGGACUGGGUACAGGUGGACACUCGAGCAGUCGGGCUCAACUUCAAGGACGUCUUGAUUGCCAUGGGCAUUGUCGAGGCCACUAAUUACGGUUUGGCUGCCGGCGACUUUGGUUUCGAGGGCGCUGGCGUUGUCACUCGGGUUGGAUCCUGUGUCCAGCACCUUGCUGUUGGCGAUCGGGUUGCUUUCAGUUCCACGGGCUGCUUUUCUACGUCACAGACCAUGCCUGGGAUCUAUUGCACCAAGAUUCACGAGUCUUUGACUUUCGAAGAGGCGGCGACGAUGCCAUGUGUCUUUGGCACCGCCAUGUAUGGAUUGGUGGACCUGGCGAGGUUGGAGGCAGAACAGUCUGUCUUGAUUCAUUCGGCCUGUGGUGGAGUUGGACAAGCCGCCAUUCAGAUAGCCAAGAUGAUCGGAGCAGAGAUCUUCUGUACUGUGGGCAGUGAGGAGAAGAUCGAGUACCUGAUAAGUGUUUUCGGUAUUCCUAGAGACCACAUCUUCAACUCCAGAGACAGUUCUUUCCGGCAGGGAAUCCUAAAAGCAACUUACGGCCGAGGUGUCGAUGUAGUUCUCAACUCGCUCUCGGGGGAGUUGCUUCACGAGUCGUGGAAUUGCGUUGCCAAGUUUGGCACAAUGGUCGAAAUCGGAAAAAGGGACUUCAUCGGCAAGGCCGAGUUGGCGAUGGACCGCUUCGAGAAUAACCGAACAUUUGUGGGCCUCGACCACACGGAGCUUUGGGCGCACAAACCUAAGGUGGCAAGCAGAGUCCUGAACAAGGUCAUGGAGCUCUGCGGGCAAGGAAAACUUGGGCCCAUCGGACCGAUCAAGACAUUUGAGGCCGCAAGAGUUGAGGAGGCGUUCCGGUACAUGCAAAAGGGCCAGCAUAUAGGCAAGAUCGUCGUCACGGUCCCAGAGAGCCGAGCAGCCCAUGCGCCUGAGGCAGAACCGGCGCGCCGAGAGUUGAUUCUUCGAGAUGACCGGACCUACGUGUUUGCAGGUGGACUGGGUGGACUGGGCCAGUCGAUUGCUACGUAUCUGGCAGAAAAGGGAGCGCGACAUCUCCUAUUUUUCUCCAGGUCGGCCACCCAGUUUGCCGAAUCCAACCCGGCCUUCUUUGAGGAGCUGGGAAGUUUGGGUUGCUCGACCCAAGUCGUCAGUGGGAACAUUAACAACCGGGCGGAUGUUGAGAAGGCCGUGGCCUCGGCCACUAACCCCGUCGCCGGAGUCUUGCAGGCUGCCAUGGUUUUACAGGAUGCAAACUUUGUCGACAUGAAGUUCGAUGCAUGGCAGACAGCAGUCCUUCCCAAGGUGCUGGGCACGCGGAACUUUGAGGAGGCGUUGAAGAAGCAAGAGGAGCCGCUUGACUUUUUUUUCCUCUUCAGUUCCGUGUCAGGAACAGCGGGACAAAUCGGGCAAGCCAAUUACGCAGCAGGCAACACAUUCAUGGAUGCCUACGUCCAGUAUCGACAUGGUCAAGGCUUGGCUUGCUCAACUCUGGCAAUCGGCAUCAUGGAAGACGUUGGUUUCCUUGCCAGAGAGAGACACCUUCUUGAGGCGUUGCGCGCCACAUCUCUGCACUUCUUGCAUGAGCAGGACCUCCUCGACUCUCUGGAGCUUAUGUUGGGUCCAAGAGCUUCUCUUGCAAACAGCACCUCUGACAGCAGUAUAACUGCCGCAGAGAAGACUGACGAAUACACCAGGCUCACAAGGGGUUACAUUAACGACAGCCAUGUCGUCGUUGGCUUGCGCUCAAAGCUUCCCCUCCUCUCGCCCAUGAACCGUACGGGCUGGAAAAAGAGCCCACGUUUGCUGGUGUACCGCAACAUAGAAAACCGGGAUGAGAUCAAAUCCGGCCCCGCCACAGACGGUGGCCUGAAAGAGUUCCUGUCGUCGUGUGGGAAGACGCCGGGGUUGCUCGAGGCCGACGCCACAGCUGACUUCCUGGCCCAUGAGAUUGGGACCACUCUGUUCAACUUCAUGAUGCGAAGCGACGAGGAGCCUGACCUGACGGUGCCGCUGGCGAGUGCGGGUGUCGAUUCGCUUGUUAGUAUCGAGCUGAGGAACUGGUUCAGGCAAAAGGUGGGAGUGCCCUUCACAGUAGUGGAGAUUGUAGGCGCUGCUAGCAUUGCUGAUUUGGGGAGGAUGACAGCCGAGAAGCUGGCUGAGAAGUAUAAGCAAUAG